CGAGAAUGGUAGUUCUCGGUAAAUGACAACUGGAGGGAAGCUGGGCGUUUGUUUACAGGCGGAAGCGUGAGGGGAGUCAGGGAAAGGAGAGGAACUUUCUUUCUCGGAGGGACUGCUUAGAACUCGCGGCGCGCUACGAACAAACUCCCCUCCCGACCCUCGUUUGGAGGGUCUCUGGCAACGCAUGCGCAAAUGGAGGCCAGCCUGACUUGUGCGGUCUGCCUGUCGCUCUUCGAGGAUCCGGUCACGCUGCCCGUCUGCUCUCACAACUUCUGCCGCCAUUGCGUCGUCGAGUGCCUCAACCAAGCCGCCAGCGUCGCAGAGCCUCCUUCCCCUUCCUCCGUAUGGUGGCCCUCUCCUCGAAGCCGUGACCCGCUCCAGGAGAGCCCGCGGGCUCCGGGCCGCGCGUCACGGGACGGAGGCUCGAUUAGCCUGUUGUGCCCGCUGUGCCGCAAGCUCUGCUUGGUGCCUUCCGACGGAGGGGCCUCCGCUUUGCCCGUCAACACCACGCUAGCCGAGGUGGUGAAGCUGUUCAGGGCUGCCAGCUCGGCGAAGCCGAGCCCGGAAGCGACGGCGGAGGAGGCCUCGUCCGCUCUGGCCCCACAGCUGGCUGCCCUGGGCGGUCUCUGCGAGAAGCACCCGGGGCGACCUCUGCAGCUCUACUGCCGGAUGUGCCGUCGUGGGGGCUGCGGGCAGUGCGUGUCGGAAGACCAUCACGGAGUCUUCCAUUCCGUCAACCUCAUCGACACGGUGUACCAGGAGGAGAAACUAGCGUUCUUUAGUAACGUGAAGAAAAUAAGAGAAUUGCAACUGAAACUGAUGAAGGAAGUAUCAGUAUCUCCAAAAGAUGAAAAGGACCUAAUGCAGAAUGAAGAGGAGUUGAUUAAAACUGAAUUUGAAAAACUCUGUAAUGUUUUGCAAACAAGAAAGAAAGAGUUACUUGAAAACCUUGAAAGCCAGAAAAAAAGAAAAGAGAAGGAGCAUCUUAUAUGGAAGAAUAUGAAAGAAGCUCACCAGAAAACAGUUGAAAAUGUUCUGAUCGACUGUGAAAAGCUUUUAGAUGAGUGUGAUCCCCAGCGUUUCUUAGAGAUUGCAUGCAAUUUGAACCAAAGAAUGAAGACUCAACUUGACCUGAUGCAGAUGGCAUCUGGUCAUGAAGAUCAGCCAGAAUGCAAACAAAUACAGCUAGAUACCAAAUCUAUAGUUAAGGAUAUUUUAGCCUUGACUCUCACUGAAGUUAACUUGGAUGUGCUGAAAGCUGACAUUCCUUCAGGAAAUAGUGAACCUUCUAUGUCUGCAAGCCCUGAAAACAAAUGGGAGGAUAAGAAAACUAUACAAGAUAUGUUCUGUCCAGUGCCGGGAGAAGAUGUUUUGGAAAAUGGCAGGAAUAUUCCAACUCAGUAUAUGUCAGUGUCAGCAACUACUAAAUUUCGAAACAUGAGUCAUGAGGAAUUGCGUUAUAUACAUUACAUGAAACGUGAAGUAAAUUCAGAUGAAUUACAGACAGAAACUUUAAAUAAAAGAAAUACAUUGCCAAAAUUUUGGUUUUCAAAAAAGGCAAUUUCAGGAACUGGCUUGUUUUGCCUUGGUGCUGAAGCAAAUAAUCAGAAGAAAUCAAAAAUGCAAGUGCUACAAAGACAAAGUGCCAAUAGAUGUAGUUUGUCUGAUUCCCUUGGUUUUACAUUCAAAACACAAACCCCAAACUUCAAUUUUUGUCGCUCAGAUAGUGCUUUGAAUAUAUUAGAUACAAAAGACACUCAAAAUGACACCAAGAAAACCAACCUGUUGGAAAAUGCCAAUAGAUGUCUUAAGACAGAAAAACUUUUGCCAACUCAUGUAGAAACUUAUCCUUCUAAAACCCAGUUUGCAUUUAUUGCGCACCCAAAUGUAUCUCAGACAGCUAUACAACCAAAGGAGACUUCAAAGCCAGUCUCAACAGGCGUUACAGAGCAUUUUUCAAAUUCUGGUGCCAACUUUGCAGUAUCGACUGCUUCAUCUUUCCAAAAAAAAAAGUUAGUGUUGUCCACUUCCAUUCUGGAAAAUUCUAAAAACAAAGUUUGCAACAUAAGAAAUAUAAAUGGGAACAUCUCUUCAGCUUUCUCUACUACAAUUGCUGCUGCUGCUGCUGCUACUACUAUUAGUACUACCACAGCCAUCAGUUUUAAGCCAAACAUAGUUACUGGAAAACAUUUUUCCUCCCCUUUGCUUUCUGAAAAUAAUUGCAUUCAGACAACUAAACUAAACAUUUCAAAGCAGUCAUCAAUACCUAGAAGUUUCUUUUCAAAUAAUUGUACUUCGGCAGGGAAUACUCCAUGUAUACAUCCUUUCAAAGAAGGUUUCAGAAAUAAUGAGACUUUGAUUUUUCCAGUGGUGCCUUUUAAUAAAACUCAGUAUGCACAUAAUAAAUCAGAAUUUAAAUCAAAACAUGCAUUUGAAAAGAAAUGUGUUUCAUCCAGAAAAAAUGUACCUGUGUAUCAUGAACAAAAAACAUUAGUAUGCCAUUCUUCAUUAUUCUCCAUGGACACAUGUCUAAAAUCUCAAAAUGAUAGUAUUCUUGUUCCUCAGCAAAAUAUAGUCUGUGAUUCAUCUGCAAGCAGCACUUCAGUUUCCAUUGAACAUAAUGAAGAUAGCGAUGUUUUAGAAAGUCAACCAUUGCCUGUCCAAGAACGUAGAUCUCCUUCAAUACUUAAUGAAACAAGUUGCACACCAAAUUCAGAUCCUGAUGUCGAAGAUGUAAGUCAGGUGUCCACUGCUAGUGACCAAAGCACUGCAUCAGAAUAUUUUUCUGUUGCUGAAGAUGUAACAACCCAGCUGGAGACUGAGCAUGUGUAACAGAGUAAAGCAGAUUACAGAGUAUGAAUGUAUAGUUACUAAUUUUCCUUCAGAGAAAAAUGAUCAAGUUUAAUUUCUUUCCUGACAUUUUAGUAGAAUCAGAUACAAUAUUUUGAAGCAUAGUGCCCUCAUUUUUUAUUUUUCUCAUAUUUGAAUGUAAAAUAUUAGCAUUGUCAUUUAGAAUAUUUAUAAUGGGCAUAUAGUUACAAGGAUCUUCACUUGUGAAGUUUAUAUAUAACACCCUGGUUUUGGAUAUGAAUUUAUCUUCAAAAAAACAUCAUUUAUAAAGGCAAUAAUGUAUACUACUUCUCUUUUUCUUAUGAGUUGGCUUUACUUAGUCCUGAUUGAAAUUAGCCUUUUGUUGUUGUUACUCCUAGAGCCUGUGGCUUAAUGUUAGUUUCCUUGUGGUUAAAAUCCAAGGUAAAUCAACAUUAAAUCUCAUGUCUGUUUCCAGUACAGGAAAUCAUGCUUUACAGUAACAGAUUGAACUUUCAAAGCCAACCUAUGAAAGCUCUGAAGUUUGCUUCUCAUUCCCAGGUUUAAAAAACCAUGGUCUCUAAAGCUGGGGUAUAUACCUCUGAUUUAGAACACUGUAAUACUUUCGAUUUUAUUUUGUAUCUGUUUCUACCAUAGAAAGAUCUUCCUUCCAGUCUCUCUGUAAUAAUUAUGUAUUUAAACUUUUGGUAUAUCUGCAAAAUAUCUCUUCCUAAUACAAUAUGGGAACUCAUGUUAAUAGAAUUCUGCUAAAAGCUGUUAGAAUUAGUAAUCUACCUGACUUGCUCAGCAGCAGAAAUAAUAUAACCAGUAUUUGGAACAUGAUAGUUCAAUUAAUUUAGAAGAUAAGGUACUAAAAUAAACUGCUUUAUAUAUAAUAUCCAGUAAUGUAUUCUCUAUGUCAUGUUGAACAUAUUAAUACCAUAUGGAAUACUCAAUUUUACAAAAUAAAUUCUAAAA